AUGAACCUUGCCAAGCGAAGUGCUCGAGCAUCAUCACCGACAGCAGCAAGCCAUACUGUAUCCACACAUUCUUCACAAGGCAAGCAGAUGCGCUUAAGCAUUGCCAGAUUGGCCAGUCUAGCAGCCACCAGGACAGCCUCGCCGGCCUCCCGUGGUCUCCGAUCUCUCACGCUCUCCCCGCACCUCACAACAGUUCAGCCUCGUCUAAACCUCCCAUCAAACAAAACAGCCAAACCUGUACUAUCCCACUGCUACAGAAGAAUCAUGUCUACGGCAGUCACAGACCGCUACAAGCUCAUCUUCUUCGUGCCACACUCACACCUUGAGGCGUGCAAAGAGGCCAUCUUCGCUACAGGCGCCGGCACGUUCCCCGGCGGCAAGUACAGCAAAUGCGCGUUUCAGACUCCCGGAACAGGGCAGUUUUUGCCUGCUGGCGAUGCGAAUCCUGCUAUCGGAGCGGUCGGACAACUGGAAACGGUCGAGGAGAUGAAGGUGGAAGUUAUGUGCCUGGGGCGAUCGAUCAUGUUGGAGGCGGUCGAGGCAUUGAAGAAGGCUCAUCCGUACGAGGAGGUUGCGUAUGAGGUCUAUAAGAUGGAGGAUGUCUGA